AUGCCAAGAAAACCGACUAAUACAUUAAUCAUUACUAAUAUUGAUGAUUCAUUAUUAUCAAAUCCUCAACCAAUAAUUUCAAUAUUGGGUGAUCAACCAUAUAUGAUUGAAUUAAUUGUAUUAAUGAAAUUUAAACGAAUUUUAUUAUAUUGUCAAACUUCCAAAAUCGCCACCAAGACGAAAACAUUUUUAUUAAAUCAAUGGGAAACAACAAUUGGUGGAAAUACAAUAUCAAUUAGUUACAGUUUAAAAGAUAAUAGUAGAAUACUAAAUCUGGAUGAUGAUGAAGAGGAGGAAGAAUCACAUGGAGUAGGGGGAAGAUUUUUGGAUAUACCGAAAGAUCUUGAAAUUAAACGAUUUUUAAUCUCACCACCAGCUUCACCACAUAGUGAAUGGGAUGAUUGGGAUAAAGUUGAAGAAGGACCAAAUGAAACAAAUAUUCAUGAUUAUUUAUGGGAAAAAUUGAAAACUCAUGAAAAUGAAGAGAAAGAGAGAAGUAUAAAUGAUGAUGAUGAUGAUGAAUGUGACAAUAUUGAACAAAUGGAACUUCCGAAAAUUGUUCUUAAUGCAACUGAUAAUUAA